AAAGAAAUACAAGAAUAAAUAAGGAUAUAAAAAAUGAUCAAGUUUGGCUAAAUUUUAAGAUUUACUUUCAAACAACAAACUUUAAAUAAACUUAAAGCAUCCAACUAAAUUUUAAGCAAGAAUAAUCUUUCUUAAAACAUCAAUUACAAUUUUAUAAAGAUAUUGAAAGAUUCAGGUAGUAAAGAAAUAGUUGAUCAAGAUAAGCUAAUAUAAGCUUUAGAAGAAAGUUUGGUAAGCAUGAGUGACCCUUAAUAAGGUUUAGAGAAUGUUAAUAAUUUAAUGAAAAUGAAGAGUCAAAAAUAUAAUGGAAAUACUUAAUAUAGUAAUUAUGAGCAAGACUUAUUCACUAAGGCUAAUGUUUUUUACUCCUUAAAAUAAUUUGAUGACUGUAAAAAAAUUAUUUAAGAAAUUAUGGAUAGCUAGACUGCAACUAAAGAGGUUAAGACAAGAACACUCAUUUUAAAAUCUUCACUUAUUUAAUUCGAAGAAAAUAAUUAUGAAAAAUCUUUGAUAGUUGCCAAAUAGGCUGAGUAAAUAAUAGAGUCAGAAAAUAAUUCAAUAGCCAAAGAGUUAAAAGUUAUUAUUUAUCACAUGAUAGCAGAAAUGUAGGCUUAAAUCUUCUAAAAUAAAAAUAUAGCAUAAGUAUAUUUAGAAAAGGCUAUUUAAAUUAUAAAUGAUGAGAUUGAAAAUAAUUAUUUAUUAAGCGAUAAAGCUAAAGGUUAAUAUAUGCAAAGACUUGCAAAUUGCUAUGAUAGUGUUGCUGAAAUAUACCAUUAAGAGGAUAAAUAUGAUGAAUGUAAGUAAAUUAUGGGUAAAUGCAUUGAGCUAUGGAAAUCAAAUUCAUAUAAGUAACCUUUAUAAUACUCUAACAGUCUACUUAGACAAGGUAAAAUCUCAACAGAUAGAGGAGAAUAUACAUAAGCAGUAGAAAAAUUUAGUAGAGCUAUCAAGCUAAUGCAAGGAUACGAAAACACAGAUCAGUUCAUUGUUUUAUGCAUAAAUACAAGCAAGGCUUAUAGUGGAUUAGAAAAAUAUGAUAAAUCUUUAGAUGUGCUAAAAUAGGCUUUAGAGUAGAUUCAUCACUUAAAUAAGCUUCAAUAAAAUUAUUAUACUAAUUAACUUCUUGAAGAAUUCGUUGAUUUAUAUCUUAAGUAAGGAAAGUUUGAUGAAGUAUCUGAGAUUUUUGUAUCUUUCAAGAAAUUAGGAGAUAGCGAUUACAUGAAAUACAUAAUCCUUAAAUAGGAAAUUAUAGUUCUACUUUGUUAAGAAAAAUAUCAAGAGAUAGAUUCAGUUAGUUCGGUAGCAUUUGAUUUAGCAAAAUAGCUGUAUGGAGAAAAUAGUAAAGAAUCAGCUGAAAUUCUUUCAAGCUGGGGUAUUUCGCUCAUAUAUUUAAAUUAGCUUGAAGAAGGGUUUAAGUAAAUUUAGUAUUCUGCUAAUAUUUUAUAAGAUAUUGGGUCAAUUGAUGAAGUUUAAGAAAUAUGGAAUCAAGUUGUUUCUAUUCUAGAAUAAUAGCAGAAUUCUAAGUACAUAGUUAAAGCCCUUGGAUUUUUAAGAAGAGCCAUCUAACUUUAUGUUGAAAAACAAGGAGGAGAAGCAGGAAUAAUUAUAGAUUACAUUGACAAAAGAAUAUAAUAAGCAAAAUAAUAAGCUUAAUAAUGA